UGCAUACCUGAGAAAAGCUUUACAAAUGUAAAGAGUGUGACAAAGCCUUUAACCUCUGCUAUAGCUUUACUCAGUAUUGGGGAAUCCAAACUGGAUAGAAGCAAUGCAAAUGUAAAUAAUGUGGAAAAACCUUUAGCUGUUGCCCAAAUCUCACUAAGUAUAUAGAAUUCACACCAGAGGGAGGUGUAGAGAACAUGGAAAAGCCUUCCCCCCAGUGUUGGAACCUUAGUCCAUAUCACAUAAGUCAUGCCAGACUGAAACAAUACAAAUAAAAAGAAUGUGGCAAAAUCUUUAACCAUUAAACAAACCUCAUUGAACUUCAGAGAGUUCUUGGUGGAGAGAAAUCAUGCAAAUGUCAAAAAUGCAGCAAUGCCUGUAUUUAGCAUUUAUAUCUUAAUUGAUAAAUGAGAAUUUAUACUGGAGAGAAACUUAAAAAUUUAAAGAAUAUGGCAAACCCUUUUGCAGGACCUACAGCCUUUCUCAAUAUCAGAGAAUGCAUACUGGAGAUAAAUUCUAUAUUUGUUAUAAAUGAAGAAAGAUUUUUGUCCAAAAUACACACUUCAGAAAACCCCACAGAAUUUACCCUUUAAAGUGACUUUAAAGAUCUAGAAAAUCUAGCAAAGUAGCUAAUCAAAAUUAAAUCUAAAAUAUCAGAAAAUUCACAGUAGAAAGUAAUAAGUCAACACUUUCAAAUAUCAGUAAAUCCGAAUACUUAUUUUAGAGAACCCAGUAAAUAAAGUUAUGUGGCUUUUUAGUAGGAAUCAAAAUACCAAGGGUAUGGAUGUUUGAAUAGAUGUAAUUGCUUACACUGUAUCCUUUUUUAAAAGUUAUUAUGAUGACAGUAUUUGUGAUUUUUUUGAAACAAAAGUAUUAUUGGCUUAAAAUCUUAAUUCAUUUCAUAAUUCUAUAAAUGAUUGUAAUGUGUAUUUUGACUAGUGGUAAUAUAGUGGGUUUGUAAUGCUAUGUUUAGACUAUGUGUGGACUUAAUAUAUUCUCAUUGAUAAAAUGAAUGAACAUAAGUGUAUUAAUAGUGAUGUGUAAUGAAUGAGGUGUUAACAUGCCUUGAAUGUUAAUGUUUCCCACCUCAUUCACCGUUGUGGGUAACAAUUUGUAAUGCACUGGAAUGAUAUUACUAGAAAUCCUUUACCCAGGGACCUUUAACCUUAUAUAGUACCUACAGGGACAUUAUGAUGGUUGCAGUAAAGAUCUAGUGGAAGUAUUUGUAAGAGUUUAGCUAAAAUACUUUAUGAUGUUUCUGCAUUGGCAUUUGUCUUGUGUAGCUAAGGAGCCUUGACUUGAACUCCAUUCUCCCUCCAGUGCACACACUAGACACCAACUUACAGUGUCACAAUUAAAUGUGUAAGGUUUUGAUAUGACUUCUCAAGAAGCCCUUGAGCACUAUAGAGUGUUGUGUACCUCAGGGUCUUUAUUUUGUAUGCCGUAUAUAUAAGAUUGCUGAAGAGUUUACCAAAACCUUGCUGAUUUUCCUUUGAAUAUAACAAUCUGGACCUCAAUUGAGAACCCCAGGGCACUCCACAUGGUGUUUCUAACAAAGGCAUGCACUCUGGGUCCUGCCUCCCUCUGCCUGCAUCCUGUCUUGGCGUCCCUGUGUAGCCCCCUGCAGGCGUAUUGUGUAUUUCCUCCAGGCCUAUGAGUUAUAAACUGGUUUUUGCCAGUUUACCUUGGGGUCUUCUGAGUUACUGCUGGUUACCAUUCAGUACCAGUGAGCUUUGCUUAACAAAUGCUAAUUUAACAAAUCUAAAAAAGUAUGAUUAGAAGCCCUAUUUUUGGAAUUCUGCAUCAUGAUUACAUUUUAGCCUAUAUAUAUUUUUCACACUUCCUUUUUCUGAGCCUAUAUAACAGAUUUGCAUGGUUUUGAUAUGUACUGCAUGUAAUAUGUAAGUAUAGUAACAAAGAUGUGACUUAGGAAUAAGAGGAUUAAUGAGGAAGAAGUGGGUGUAUAUGUGUGUACACAUAUCUUUAGAAAAAAAGGAUCUAAAUUAGUAAUUUAAAAAUAUUUGUUGAUUUACUAGCAAGCUAGAAAUCUUACAGGUUUAUAAUGUGAAUCAUCUUCUAUACAUUACAGUGAAUUUCUCCCAAAUCUGAUGAUUCUUGGUCUGAGAAUCUCCCACUACAGUUCUGUCUGUUUACAUUUCUGUGUCUCAUGUAAGAUCUAACGUAUGUUUUCCUUGUUCCAUAGUGGAUGAAAUGUUGCUUAUAUGUCGUGCUUGGAGAUUUUAAGAAUGGCUUUCAUUGACUUCAAUGGUGUACAGAAAUAUCCUGAAAAUGUUACAUGGACAUCAGAGCCAUUGUCCUUUGAAGUGCUAUGGCUAUACCAUCUCAAUACUCUCCCCAUCCCACAUCAUCCUUGCUGAUCAUUGUCCUUCUGCCCAUGACUGUGGAAGGAAGACAUAUUCUCAAGAGACAGGUGUGAUUCAUCAACAUACGUUCCCCCGUGAAGACAACCCAGAGCAGGAGGAGGAAGAGGACAACAUGGCUGCUCCUCAGUUUCAGGGUCAGUUGACCUUCAGUGAUGUGGCCAUAGAAUUCUCUCAGGAGGAGUGGGCGUGCCUGGACCCAGCUCAGCGGAAACUGUACGUGGAUGUGAUGUUGCAGAACUACAGGAACCUGGUAUUCCUGGGUCUUGUUGUGUCUAAGCCAGACCUGGUCACCUUUUUGGAGCACAUGAUGGAGCCCUGGGAGUUGAAGAGAAAAGAAACAAUAUCCAGCCAGCCAGUUAUGUCUUCUCAAGUCACCCAGGGCUUGUUACCAAAACCAGGCAUCGAAAAUUCAUAUUGGAAUAUGCUACAGGCAUUUGAUACCGAAGAGAAGCCUUAUAAAUGUGGAGAAUGUGGCAAAGCCUAUAAAUGGUAUUCAAGCCUUACCAGUCAUCAGAGACUACAUUCUGGAGAGAAGCCUUAUAAAUGUAGGGAAUGUGGCAAAGCCUUUAGCAAAUCUUCGAGCCUUACCAGUCAUCGGAGAAUUCAUUCUGGAGAGAAGCCUUAUAAAUGUAAAGAAUGUGGCAAAACUUUUACCCAGAGCUCAAAUCUUGCUCAACAUCAGAAAAUUCAUUCUGGAGAGAAGCCUUAUAAAUGUGGAGAAUGUGGCAAAGCCUUUAUCUCAAGCUCACAUCUGACUCGACAUCAGAUGAUUCAUUCUGGAGAGAAGCCUUAUAAAUGUAGAGAAUGUGGUUUUGCCUUUAACCGGUGUUCAACCCUUACUCGACAUCAGAGAAUUCAUUCUGGAGAGAAGCCUUAUAAGUGUAGAGAAUGUGGUAAAGCCUUUAUCCGGAGCUCAAAUCUUACUCAACACCAGAGAAUUCAUUCUGGAGAGAAGCCUUAUAAAUGUAGAGAAUGUGGCAAAGCCUUUAUCUGGCCCUCACAACUUAUGCAACAUCAGAGAAUUCAUACUGGAGAGAAGCCUUAAAAUGUAGAGAAUGUGACUAAGCCUUUAACAAUUCUUCAAGUCUCAUGGACCAUUAGAAAAUUCAUACUUGGGAGAAGCCUUAUAAAUGUAGAGAAUGUGGCAAAGCCUUUACCCACCGCUCAAAUCUUACCAAACAUGAGACUGCAUACCUGAGAGAAGCUUUACAAAUGUGAAGAGUGUGACAAAGCCUUUAACCUCUGCUCUUCAAUAUUGGGGAAUUCAUACUGGAUAGGAGCAAUACAAAUAUAAAGAAUAUGGAAAAACCUUUAACCAUUGCCCAAACCUCACUAAAUAUCAAGUAAUUCAUACCAGAGAGAACCAUUACAAGUGUAGAGAAUUUGGCAACACCUUUUCCCAGUGUUGGAACCAUAGUCAAUAUCACAUAAUUCAUGCCGGACUAAAAUGAUACAAAUUUAAAGAAUGUGGCAAAACUUUUAACUAUUUAUCAAGCCUCACUGAACUUUAGUCAAUUCAUACUGAAUAGAAACCAUGCAAAUAUAAAGUCAAUAACACUUUUCAAAUAUGCCUUUUAAAUCAGAAUACUUAUUUUAGAGAAUCCAGUAAGGAAAGUUAUAUGAUUUUCUAGUAUGAAUGAAAAUACCAAGGGCAUGGAUGUUUGAAAAAAUGUAAUUUCCUACACUGUAUCCUUUUUAUUAUGACAGUAUUUGUGAUUUUUUGCAACACAAAUAGUAAUGUGAUUUAAAUCUCAAUUCAUUUGAUGCUUCUGUGAAUGCUUGUAAUGUGUAUUUUGACCAGUGGGUUUGUAAUGCUUUGUAAUGCGAAUUGUCUUCUGUGCAUUCUAUGAAUUUCUUUCUCCCUAAUCUGAUGACUUUGGGUUUGACAAUCUCUCAUGGCAAUUCCAUUGUGUUUACAUUCGUGUCUCAUGUAAAACAUACCAUAUGUUUUCCUUGUUCCAUAGAAUAUGUGUGGACUUUAUAUAUUCUCAUUCAUAAAACGUUUUAUUUAUUUA